UCAGUGGUUGUAAAGUUACAUGUUCUUGAUAUUCGUUGGGUACGAUGGAUAAGCUAUUGACUCCACUGGGCAAUGUUCUUUGGAAUGUAUAUUUUAAAUUGCCGUUUUAAAGCAUGUAGGAAGUAUCCUUAGCUGGAUAAUUAUUGCUAAGUUGUAGUAAUAGUUCUUAGAGAAACACGGAUUAUUCUGUCACCAAGAAUCUGCUUAUUCGCCAACAGUGGCAGAAGUCAUUCUAUCUGAAAAAAGGGAAGACUAUAGAUUUUAUGUACCCAGAUGUUUCUAAAAGUCCGAAAUACAUCCGGUCCAUUAUUGGCUGUCAAGAUUUUAGCUCUUGUAAUAAAACUGAUUUGUUUUUUUGGCCAUUACAAUGUGUUUACAGAUAUACAUGUCUAGUUCAUUUGUUUAUUCGAAAUAGAGGGAACGGCUAUGGCAGAUGUAAAAAUUGAACUGCGGUUUGAAGCAGCAGUGGAAUUAAAGUUUAAUGAGGAAAGUGAUAGUGCCUUUUGUGUUAGUGUUGGUACUCAGUGUGACGAGAAGAGAGACGAUGAUUCUAUUGUUGUGUUGAAGUGUUCGUACUCGGAUACUGAAGACACAGUUGCGGCGUACCAGGUGGACACACAAGUGGUAAGCGCGUCUCCGUUCCUAUUCUGGUGGUUUACCGCAGGCAGCGUGAAGGUAGGGGAGAAGGACAAGUCUUCGGGAGGAGCUGCCGAUACCACCAACAAACUUGGCUGCAGCGAGAAACGCAAGGCGGAAGACGGGGAACCGAACAAGGACCUCAAAAAGGCAAAGUUGGAGACGAAAGCUUUGAAAGCGAAGCGACCAGGCUUCACGGAUGACCGCUACAAUGAAACUUCUUACUACAUCGAGAAUGGUUUAAGAAAAGUGUAUCCUUAUUACUUCACCUUCACUACCUUCACAAAGGGUCGUUGGGUUGGAGAGAAGAUUCUAGAUGUGUUUGCAAGAGAGUUUCGAGCGCAUCCUGCCGAAGAAUAUGAGAGAUGCAUUCGUGCAGGAACGCUGACUGUGAAUUAUGAGAAGGUGGACACUGACUACCGCCUCAAACACAAUGACUUACUGGCCAACAUCGUUCACAGGCAUGAAGUCCCCGUUACCUCCGACCCUAUCACCAUAGUUCACAUGGACGAGGACAUUGUGGUUGUUAACAAACCUGCCUCCAUCCCUGUCCACCCUUGUGGGCGUUACCGCCACAAUACCGUGGUGUUUAUUCUUGCCAAGGAGUAUAACCUGAAGAACCUUCGAACCAUUCACCGGCUGGACCGCCUCACUUCUGGUCUAUUACUCUUUGGACGUACUCCUAAAAAGGCCCGAUCCAUGGAACAUCAGAUCCGUAAUCGCCAGGUUCAAAAGGAGUACGUGUGUAGAGUGGAAGGAGAAUUUCCCAGUGAGGUGAUUGAGUGCCAAGAACCAAUUGAAGUGGUGAGUUACAAGAUUGGAGUCUGUAAGGUGUCGCCCAAAGGAAAGACAUGCACGACAACGUUCCAGAAGCUCGGUUAUAAUGGCAAGACGAGCAUCAUCUCGUGCAAGCCACAUACUGGGAGGAUGCACCAGAUCAGAGUUCACCUCCAGUAUUUAGGGUACCCUGUGGUAAAUGAUCCACUCUAUAAUCACACGGUCUUCGGUCCUGAAAAAGGGAGAGGCGGUAACAUAGGAAAGACGGAUGAAGAGCUUAUUCAGGACCUCAUAAAUAUCCACAAUGCAGAGAACUGGCUUGGCAUGGAUGGAGACUCUGAACUCAGCAUGUUUAAGUCCCUCAAGGGCGACAUGGAGGAUGGGCUUAACCCAUUGUCAGGGAAAGGGAGUGAAGUGGGACUAGCAGAGGAUGAUGGAGACGUAAGCCGAGAAGCAUCACCCUGUGAGGAGUCAUGUGAGAAUGAUGUGGUGGGGAGUGUUGGCCAUCAGGAAGAAUCUCUUUCUUCAGUGGUGUCUCAAAGAAACGCUGUUCUGUGUCGAACAAAUAAAGUGACGGUGGCUACGCAGACUGGACACGAAGCACCAGACCUAGCAUUCAACCCUGACAAAAUGUCUACAGAUAAACACUGCUAUGAAUGUAAAGUGCGUUACAGAGACCCAAAGCCUAGAGACCUUGUCAUGUACCUACAUGCAUGGAAAUACAAGGGUCCAGGCUGGUCAUACGAGACAGAGCUACCUGAUUGGGCGCGAGUAGACUGGACAGAGCAGGAUGAUUGAGCCGUGUCAAAUGUCACAACACCCAUCCAUACAGACAACUACAUGUAGGGUCCAACAACCAAUCAAAGAACUUUCAACUAGCAUUUCUUAAUAACAAAGAAGUCCUUCUUGCAAGGAUCACUGUUAGUGUUUCUUAUUUAUAAAUGCCAGCGUUUUUAUUGAAUGGUAUGAUACUUAGGGAAUGUUACAAAUUUUGUACUUUUAAGGGAAGAAACAAACAAAAUACUUAUUUGUUUUCAGGCUUGUAAGCAGAAUGAAACAUAAUUCAUAACCAUCUAUCAUUGGAAAUUACAUAAGGUGAUUAGUUAAACAGAACCAUUGGCUGUGUGUCAGGAGUUCGGUAAGGGUGACCAGAACCAAAAGAAAUAUUUUCCAGUUGUGUAUAGACGGACUCAUAAUUCCACGUAUUCUAAUUGUCUCUAUUCUUACAUUGUAGGUUGCUUCAGCUUUCCAUUCAGUUUUUACCGUUCAAAAUAUUGCUAUUUUUAAAGUAUAAUACACUUUAGCAUACCAGUCAAAUGUUUCUUUCUGAAAUACAUGUGUCCCAUAAAGUUGUGUCCGUUAACAAAAUAAAUACAUUUUAAUAAACCAAACAUAUGUCAGCAAUGGCACCUUGUGAACUGGCAGAUGUAGUGUAGGCAUUUAAAGUGACUACUGUUAGCUUUGUGGCACGGUUGACAUUGGUGAGCAGCUGACUGAGAAGCGGCCACGAAAGUUGCUGCCGUGUAUACAUCUUUUUGGGACAUCCUGUAUAUUUCUAAUGCUGAAUCAACUUCUCAUGAAGAAUUCUCAGCACUUUGAUAAAGUUCUUAUCAGGACUGUCUGGUAUGUGUAGAUGUUACGAUAUCAGAUUUGUGUCGGCAGGUGGUCACCCUGGGUUUAUGCAGCAGGUGGCUUUGCUGUCUACAGGAACAUUCUUUAUUGGUACAUACAGAGGUGAAAAUUAAAAUUACAUUUCAUAACCUGGAACGGCAUUGCUGUCAAUACUAUAUGCAUUAAAAGACCAAGAAAUUUAACUGAUAGAGUAACAUUUUUUAAAUCAUACUAUCAAACUAAAAUGUUUUGAUACGCAUUGCGACAGAUUUAUGUAAACAUAAAAUAUAUGAUGUAUCUGUU